AUGACCAUACCGGAGUGGAUGUCUAAUGGUCGUCAACAUAAGUUUCACCCGACCUCGCGACAACGUACGAAUGGAAGCGAGGAACUUACUAAUGUUACCACUUAUGAAGAAAGACUUGGCAGUACAGAUGGUAAGAGAAGUAGAAUAAAAGAAGGUCGUUCAAGCGGUACCUACAGACGCUGGAAAGCCAUUUAG